GGGGGGCUCUGACGCCAGCAUACAGUAUAAAACUCCAGCAUCUGGACACGUCUCCAGCAGUUGGCCCAAACCUGCUCCUGUGCCCCCCUCCCCUCCCUCAUAUCAGCAGCAGAAUGAAGGGUCUGAGCAGCUUCUCCUUAGCGCUUUUCCUGCUGGCUGCCUUCUUCUCAGCGUCCCGGAGCGCUCCGAAGGGCUCCUUCCAGAGGAGGAACUGGACGCCACAGGCGAUGCUGUACCUGAAGGGCACACAGGGGCGCAGGUUCAUCUCAGAGGACCCCACAGAGGCAGAGGUCUUUGACACACUGCACUUAGAGACCCGCAGCCAGAAUACGGAGAAGCUGAGCGUGGACCGGGCCGCCGCCGUCCUGCUCAACUUCCUGCAGCAGGCCCGGGAUGGAGCUGAUGAAAACCCAGAUGAAGUGUAUUUCCAGGAGCUGCCUGUGUGGAAGAGAGCUUACUUCUGAAGUCUGUGGUUCACAGACAUGCGGCUGUAAAUGUGAAUGUAAACUUUGAAUAAAAACAUUUGAACUCUCA